UACUCCUAUAAAUUAGUAGAAAUUUUUUUAUUUAAAGAAAUUGAGGGCCGAUGAGAUAGAAAACAUAAACAUUACUUCUAUUGAGUAAUGUUAUCAGCUGUAACUGUUUCUGCACCCAACGUUUCAAAUUCUUGAAAUUUUUUAGGGAUUUGUUGGCUUUUUUUUAUGCUUAUGAUCUGUAAAAGAUUGAAUCUUUAGAGUAAAAGAAAGUGUUUUGAGUGAAAAGAAUAGAGAAGAAAAGAUGGGUGAAAAGGCUGAAGUUUUAGAGGCAGUUUUGAAAGAAGCUGUUGAUUUGGAGAAUAUACCUCUUGAAGAAGUUUUUGAGAAUCUAAGAUGUACCAAAGAGGGUCUUAGUAGUGAAGCUGCUCAAGAAAGAUUAGGAAUUUUUGGUCCAAACAAACUUGAGGAGAAAAAGGAGAGCAAAUUCUUGAAGUUUUUGGGGUUUAUGUGGAACCCUCUUUCAUGGGUUAUGGAAGCUGCAGCCAUAAUGGCUAUUGCUCUUGCUAAUGGAGGGGGUAAACCUCCUGAUUGGCAAGAUUUUGUGGGGAUUAUUACACUACUUGUGAUUAACUCAACAAUUAGUUUCAUUGAGGAGAACAAUGCUGGAAAUGCUGCGGCCGCUCUCAUGGCACGUUUGGCUCCGAAAGCUAAGGUCUUGCGCGAUGGAAGGUGGAGUGAGCAAGAUGCAGCGGUGUUGGUUCCCGGUGAUAUCAUCAGCAUUAAACUUGGGGAUAUCAUCCCAGCUGAUGCUCGUCUUUUGGAUGGGGAUCCUUUAAAGAUUGAUCAGUCUGCGUUAACAGGAGAGUCUCUUCCUGUUACAAAAGGCCCCGGGGAUGGUGUAUACUCGGGUUCCACUUGCAAACAGGGAGAAAUUGAAGCUAUAGUCAUUGCAACAGGCGUGCACACGUUUUUUGGCAAGGCUGCUCAUCUCGUUGACUCGACAAAUCAAGUUGGUCAUUUCCAAAAGGUUUUAACUGCUAUAGGGAACUUUUGUAUUUGUUCUAUCGCUGUUGGAAUGUUAGUUGAAAUCGUUGUCAUGUAUCCCAUUCAACACCGCCAAUAUCGCCCUGGAAUCGACAAUUUGCUUGUCCUUCUCAUUGGAGGAAUUCCUAUUGCUAUGCCUACUGUUCUUUCUGUGACAAUGGCAAUCGGUUCACAUCGCCUUGCACAGCAGGGUGCCAUUACAAAACGAAUGACUGCAAUAGAAGAGAUGGCUGGUAUGGAUGUUCUUUGCAGUGAUAAAACUGGAACCUUGACAUUAAACAAACUAACAGUAGACAAAAAUCUGAUUGAGGUGUUUGCCAAAGGAGUCGAUGCAGAUACUGUUGUGUUGAUGGCUGCUCAAGCCUCGAGGAUGGAAAACCAAGAUGCAAUAGAUGCUGCAAUAGUCGGCAUGCUGGCUGAUCCUAAGGAGGCUCGGGCUGGCAUUCAAGAGGUUCACUUUCUACCUUUCAACCCAACCGACAAAAGAACAGCAUUGACUUACAUCGACAGAGACGGAAAAAUGCAUAGGGUCAGCAAAGGUGCACCAGAACAGAUUCUGAACUUGGCCCACAAUAAGUCGGACAUAGAACGACGAGUUCAUGCUGUUAUUGACAAGUUUGCUGAACGUGGCUUGCGUUCACUUGCUGUUGCUUACCAGGAAGUUCCGGAGGGACGAAAAGAAAGUCCCGGAGGUCCAUGGCAAUUUAUCGGUUUAAUGCCUCUUUUUGACCCUCCAAGACAUGACAGUGCAGAUACUAUAAGGAGGGCUUUGAAUCUUGGAGUAAAUGUGAAGAUGAUCACAGGUGAUCAACUGGCAAUAGGAAAGGAAACCGGUCGUCGACUGGGUAUGGGUACCAACAUGUACCCGUCAUCAUCUUUACUUGGGCAGAGUAAGGAUGAAUCAAUUGCUUCGUUACCAAUUGAUGAUCUGAUUGAAAAAGCCGAUGGGUUUGCUGGCGUCUUUCCUGAGCAUAAAUAUGAAAUUGUAAAGAGAUUGCAAGCCCGUAAACAUAUUUGCGGAAUGACUGGUGAUGGAGUGAAUGAUGCCCCAGCUCUUAAGAAAGCCGAUAUCGGUAUAGCCGUAGCUGAUGCAACAGAUGCUGCUCGUAGUGCUUCGGAUAUUGUUCUUACUGAGCCUGGUUUAAGUGUCAUUAUUAGUGCUGUUUUGACAAGUCGAGCGAUCUUCCAAAGAAUGAAAAAUUACACUAUCUAUGCUGUUUCUAUCACUAUUCGUAUUGUGCUUGGCUUCAUGCUACUGGCUCUUAUAUGGAAGUUUGAUUUUCCGCCCUUCAUGGUUCUUAUCAUUGCCAUUCUUAAUGACGGUACCAUUAUGACUAUAUCGAAGGAUAGAGUGAAGCCAUCACCUAUGCCCGAUAGCUGGAAAUUAGCUGAGAUUUUUGCCACUGGAAUAGUGAUUGGUAGUUACCUCGCUAUGAUGACAGUAAUAUUUUUCUGGGCAGCAUACGAAACUGAUUUCUUUCCGAGGGUAUUCGGGGUUUCACACUUGAACAGACAAUCAGCUCAAACCGAUGAAGCAAGAGCCAUCAUCACACACAAACUUGCAUCUGCCAUAUACCUUCAAGUCAGUACAAUUAGUCAGGCUCUGAUAUUUGUCACUCGAUCUCGAAGUUGGUCUUUUGUGGAGCGUCCCGGCUUAUUUCUUGUUGGUGCUUUUGUGAUUGCUCAGCUGGUCGCUACUUUAAUCGCAGUAUAUGCAAAUUGGGCCUUUGCCGCAAUUGAAGGGAUCGGUUGGGGUUGGGCCGGUGUGAUUUGGUUAUACAACGUUAUCUUCUAUUUCCCACUAGAUUUUGUCAAAUUCUUCGUUCGGUAUGUUCUUAGUGGAAGAGCCUGGGAUCUCAUGAUUGAACAAAGGAUUGCCUUCACAAAGAAGAAAGAUUUUGGAAAGGAAGAGCGUGAGCUUAAAUGGGCACACGCGCAAAGAACCCUUCAUGGACUGCAAGCCCCGGAAUCCUCGAUGUUCACCGAUCGAACAAGUUACCACGAGCUCAAUCAAAUGGCCGAGGAGGCCAAGAGGAGAGCCGAAAUGGCGAGGUUGCGGGAACUUCUUACCCUGAAGGGACAUGUGGAUUCAGUGGUGAAGCUGAAGGGGCUCGACAUAGAGACAAUCCAAGGAUCAUACACCGUCUAAGAUCAAAAGCAUGUUCACCGUAUUAUACAAAUAGCAGUAUAAAAUGCUGAGAGUAAAGAUUAGUUCAGCACGUAGGUGUGAAUUAGCCCUUUUUAUUCCUUUAAAAUUUUUUGUUUUGACAAAACAAGUUCCGUAUUAUGUAUCAUGCUUUCGUUAUUUUUGAAGUGAAAAGUUCUCAUGACGGUUCAGACCGUCUACUUUCUUUCA